AUGAUUAAUAUUAAAGAAUUACCUAAUGAAAUUCUUAUUACUAUCUUUAAAGAAUUAAGAGAUUUGAAAAGUUUGAUUGUCACAUGUAGACAAUUUUAUGAAAUCAUAAUUGAUCCUUAUUUCAAGGUUGAAUGGUUUCAUCAUAAUAUAUUCAAUAUAUCUGAAAUAAUUCAAUUAGGAUCUAUAUUUUUCGAUAAAAGAGUUGUUGAAAUUCUCAAGAAUAAUGAUAAAUAUAUUGAUGGUUACGGAGAAUAUGUUGUAGCAC